AUGGCAGAAUCCGCGGACGGGAAUGAUGAUGUCGCCUUCAAGCUUUACCGAUACGAUCCUUCCAUGGCUGCGGCAGUCAUUUUCACUAUCCUCUUCAUGGCAAUUACCGGCCUUCACUUGUACCAAAUGUUAAGAACCAAGACGUGGUUCUUGAUCUGUUUUGUUAUUGGCGGCUUUAUGCAGUUUAUUGGUUAUAUCGGUAGAGCAGGGUCUGCCCACGAGACUCCGGACUGGUCACUCACACCCUUUAUCAUCCAAAACCUGUUCUUGCUUAUCUCGCCUGCUUUGUUUGCUGCAAGUAUCUACAUGAUUCUUGGACGUAUCAUUCUUGCCACUGGCGGAGAGAAUUGUUCUCCUAUCAGAAGAGCAUGGUUAACUAAAAUCUUCGUUAUUGGGGAUGUUUUAUCCUUCGCUCUUCAAGGCGCUGGCAAGUUCUCCCUUGGUGGUAGCAUGAUGGCUGCAGGCUCAUUGGAACUCUUGCACAAUGGUGAGCGCGUUGUGAUGAUAGGCCUCGUCGUCCAGGUUAUCUUCUUCUCUCUAUUUGCUGUUGCAGCAGCCCUAUUUCAUACCCGACUUCUGCAAAACUUAUCGACAAAAGCACUAGCAUCAAACAUUCCCUGGGAAAGAUACCUCUGUAUUCUCUAUAUUGCCUCUGGCUUGAUUAUGGUACGGUCUGUAUUCCGCCUUAUCGAAUACGCACAAGGUAACGCGGGAUAUCUUAUUUCGCAUGAGGUCUACAUGUAUCUUUUUGACAGUGUCUUGAUGCUCCUGACAAUGGCUCUGUUUGCAUGGGAACAUCCGAGUCAGUUGAAUGCUAAACUCAAAGGAGGAGGAACUGCAGUCAAACGGGGUAUUCGACUAUAUUGGGAGAGUUGA